AUGCUCAACGCUUCUGAAUAGGCUGCCACUUCCAAUUUAAAUGACAAAUUAGAGGAUCUUAAAAAAAUAAUGAAGCAAUUCUCAAAGUAUACAACUGAUUCAUAAAAUGAAUUUGACACACAUUUUAAGAAAUAUGGACCAUUUAACAAAUAAUAUACAUCAUAAAUUUCACUAUCAGUAAAUGAUCCAAUUAGUUUAGGACAUAAUUUGAUGGAAUUCAUACAACUUUUUGAAUUGAUCUCAAAAUCUACACUUUCAUCAUUUUCAGAAUUUUAGUAAUUCUUUUCUCAAAGCAUCGAAUAAUAUAAUGAGAAAAUGAAUAUUUUCACAAAAAUAAUAACAGAUGGUAAUUUUUAACAAUCGCAAUAACUCGCAUAACAAAGAUAAAAUUGCAAAAAAGCCAAAGAUAAAUACGAUAAACUCUGUAAAGAAAUAGAAAUGACUUUGAAUUCUGGUAAGAAAAACUCAGAAGAUGUUUUAACUGGUUACGAUCUCAAUCUAUCCCAAAAGAACGAUUAAAAAUUGAAGGAAUUAGUUAAGUAAGUGGAACCUGCAGAAUAAUAAUACAAAGAUGCUUUUGAUAGUUUAAUUAUUAGAACUAAAGAAUUUAAUUAAGCUAUUGAUGAUUCAAGGUAGUAAUUAAUUCAAGCACAUUAAUUAACCUAUUAAAGGUUUGUAGAAAUCACAAUGAAACUUGAUUAGCACAAGUUAUCAGCAAAUUGUUGGAUCAAAGGUUAGAUGGAUGAGAAGUAAGAAAAGAUUAUAACUAUGCCCAAAUAUGAAUAAGACAUGGAGGAUCGAAUAAUAACAUCUAAAUAUGAAUAAGAUAAUUCUUUCAGAUAUAUCAACAUUAUGAAUAAAGUUAUAGAAAAAAAACCUGUAACAGAUUAAGAAUAUUUGAUGUUUCCAGAUGUCUUGCAUAAACAUAUUGAUGCUUAAUUGUCUUUUAUAAAUGAUAGAAUUAAAAAUUAAAAGACUCUGCCAAAUUAUCUAAUCGAAAUGUCAAAUUAAAUGGAUGCACUUUCAAAAAACUUAUAAAAAUCGAUAAAAUCAACAUUAUAAUUCAUUUAAGAUAAAUCAGACAAAGAUAAGUCCAAUUUUAUCAAACCUAUACUUUAAGUAUAAGAACUAUUGGUUAAAUAAAAUGAGUAAUAUUCCAAAAAGUAUAACUAAUAAUCGCAAUUUAUUUAAUUGAAAGCUUAAUGCCUAGAUUAAUUAAUAAAGGAAUAAAAAAAUUAAGAAAAAAGUUUUCUAAAUAUGUAUUAGAAGAUGUUAAAAGAUUUUUAAGGUCUAAAGUAAUAAAUUGUAGAGAAUGAGUAAAAACCGGCGAUCAAAGAUAAUUUAUUUUAAACAUUAAAGAAGUAAAUUUAAGAAAAUUGCAUAGCAAUUAAGUAUUCUGUUGAGUAAGUAAGAGCAAAUGAAUUUCAAAGAUCAAAUUAAAUCAUUUAAACUUUAGAAUAAAUAUUAAAUCAUUAUAGUUCAUUCAUUGAUGAAAUUGUAACAUAAACUAAACAGCAAGAAGAAUCUCUUAGUUAAAUUUAGGAGAAGAUAUCAUAAAUUGAAUAUGGAACAAUGAUUAUAACGAAACUUGAUUAGCAAGAUUUGAAAUUUUAAAAAAUCUUUGAAAUGACUGAUGAAAUCAAGUCUAAAAUAGAAACAGCUAUAUUACUCCAACAAUAAGAAGAAAGUGAAAGUGAUGAUAUAAAUUUGGAAGAAGGUUCGGUUAAAGUUUCUUAAAAACUUAUUGAAAAGUUUAGAAUUUUAGAAGGGGAUAAAUGCAUUGCAAGUUAUGCAUGUGCAUUCGAUAACAAAAUUCUAUUACAAGGAAGAAUGUACAUUUUCUCAUCUAAGGUUUGCUUCCAUUCAUAUUUUAAUGGCAAAACUCUCUUUGGAACUACUGCUUUAGGCAUUCCAUCAAUUGAUAUAUAAAGUAUAAGGAGAGUUAAAGCAUAUAUGGUUGAUGCAGCCCUAGAGUUUAAAACAUUAAAAGGAACAUUAGUCUUUGCAAGUUUAGCGAAUCGAGACGGAACAUUAGGAAGCUUAAAAUAGGUAAAAGGUUUAGAAUCAGGAGUUAUUGAAGAAAGAAUUGAAAAUGAACCAGAAAGAAAUAUACAACAGGUUUAUGUGGAAACCUAAUAAAUAGCAAAGACGUAAGAAAAGUAAUAAGUCAUUCGAAGUCCUUCUCCAAAACCCUAAAAUUUUUAAGCUGAAUCAAUAAAUUUGAAAAAUAUAGAAUCAAGCGAUAAAUUAUAAUAAAUUGAAUAAAGUCCAAAAAAUUUAAAUUUCUAAUAAUAACCAUAGUAACAACAAUAACAAUAAUAACAAUAAUAAUAAUAAUAACAAUAAUAACAAUAAUAAUAAUAACAAUAAUAAUAAUAGCAAUAAUAAUAAUAAUAAUAAUAAUAAUAAUAAUAACAACAUCAGCAAUAAUAGUAAAUUCCUUAAAUUAAAACUAAUGAAUAAAAUUAAUAGUCUGAAGAGAAAAGGUCUUCUCAAGAACCAACUUCCUAAUAAAAAUAAAGUUAAGUAAUCGAUUAAUAAGGAACAACAGAGCAAUAACAAUAGCAAGCCACAAUAAGCAAUGCAGACAAUUAAGGCUAAUCUAAUCCUGCCCUACCAAAAGUCUCUUAAUUUGAAGUUGAUUAAACAAAUAAUUAAUCUAAUAGUCUAUAUAAUGAAAUUAUGGUUUAAAAUAAAUCCACUAGAUACAUGAAUUAACCUACAAUUUAAAAAUUCAAAAUUUAAUUAAAAGUGAGCGUGAAAGAAUUUUUGGAUUUCUUCUUAUUAGAUAACCCUUAUGAAAAUUGCUUAUCAUUCCCUCAUUACUAUUAAGUUGUGUUGUGUUUAGAUAAGGAAAUUAAUUUCUAAAAGUAUCAACCUUAACCAUAGAUUGGACAGAUCUCAAAAAGACCAAUCAAUCUUAUUCAUCCAGUUAAAGAAAAAUAAAUGUUUGCCCCAGAUGUGGUUCAUUGUUUGGCAGAAGAUGUCCAAUAUUAUCUCGAUCAAGAUGAAAGCGUGUUAGAAAAGGAAGUAAAAUUUGCUAAAAUACCUUAUGCAGACAGUUUUUGUUGUCGAGUAUUUUGGCAUAUUCAUUAAAUAGAAGAUGGAUGCCAAGUAAAUUAUGGAUAUUAUAUCCAUUUUAUGAAAUCAACUGUUUUCAAAAGUAAAAUUGAAAGUAGUAGUAAAAAAGAAAACACUGAGGUUUGGGAGAAGUGUUUGAAACAAGCCUAUGAAGAAGGGCAAAAUAAAAUAAUAUCAAAAAGAGUAUAAAAUGAGAGAUAGCAACCAAAAGCUGAAGUUGAGAUUAAGUAAGAAAUAGAAGUUUAAGUUGAAAAAGUAAGCUAAAACAGGGAAAAAGAAGAAGCUCCAUAGGUAAUUCUUGAACAAGUGUAAUAAGAAUCUUAAAUCUUGCUUGAGAGUAAUUAAAAUCAACAAUAAAAUUAAUAAUAAUUAAUUGAAAAUAAAGUUAAGGAAGUCUUCGUAGAAAAGUAGUAAUAACCAGUGUAAUAAGACUUGAAUAUCAAAUUAGAUAGGUUGACUUAAUUGGCUUACGCAAUUAUUGGUCUUUUAAUGAUCAAUAUUUUGUUUACAAUCGGAAAAUGA